GACAUCACGUGUCCGAGGAACCAGUCAAAGUCAAAGUGCUCCAGAUAACGAGGCUGUUGGACAUCAUGUCGGAACUGGGAACUGGGAAUGACGUCACAGCCGAGUUAUCAGCGUUCCAGUUACAAAAAGGAAGAUGAAGCCCGCCGUCCUGCUUCUCCUGGUCCUGCUGGCUGUCGCGGGGCUGAACCGAGCCCACGUCCAGACCUCUCUCCGGGAUCUGCCCGGCAUCCUUCCCAACCUCAGCCGACCGGCAAACCAGAGCCGCAUCUUCUACGCGGUGAUGUUUGAUGCAGGGAGCACGGGGACGCGGAUUCACGUCUACACUUUCAUCCAGAGGGACUCAGAGCAGCUGCCAGUUUUGGACAAUGAGAUGUUCCAUUCAGUAAAGCCCGGUCUGUCGGCCUAUGCAGACUCCCCCGAAACGGCUGGACAAACGGUGGGAAUGUUGUUAAAAGUGGCCAGGAAGACGGUGCCUCGUCUGGACUGGAAGACGACUCCUCUGGUGCUGAGAGCCACCGCCGGACUGCGGCUUCUUCCUGCAGACAAAGCCCAGACUCUUCUGGACCAGGUUCAACAUGUGUUUGACGAAUCUCCUUUUUUGGUCACAGACAACUGCGUCAGUGUCAUGAAUGACACGAAUGAAGGUGUCUUGGCUUGGAUUUCUGUGAACUUUUUGACAGGUCAUCUGAAUGCCAAAACUAAGAAGACGGUAGGAAUAUUGGAUUUGGGGGGAGGAUCCACACAGAUCACUUUCCUGCCCAAACUGAGGAAAACCAUCGAAAGUGCUCCUGUUGGUGAUUAUGUUGCCAGAUUUGACUUAUUGAACUCAACAUAUGAACUCUACUCUCACAGUUAUCUUGGGAAUGGACUAAUGGCAGCGCGGCUCGCCACACUGGGUGCAGAAGGUUUGGAGGGGCAGGUUUUUCAAAGUACCUGUCUGCCUAAUAAGUUCAGUGAUGAAUGGAGCUUCGGAGGGCUAAGCUAUCGCGUGAGCGGAGAUCCUAAUGGUCAGGCAGGAUACAAGCGUUGUUAUCAGGAAGUACUGAAGGUGGUGAAGGGGAUUCAUCAGCCUCCAGAGCUUGGAAACAGCCAUGUUUUCUACGCAUUCUCCUAUUACUUUGACAGAGCUGUGGAUGCAGGCCUUAUCGAUGGUGUCCAUGGCGGGUUGCUGCAGGUCAGAAGCUUCAAGAAGAGAGCCAAAGAGGUGUGUAAUAAGAUGACAAAGUACCCACCCAUCAGCCCUUUCCUGUGCAUGGAUCUGACCUACAUCACUUGUCUGCUCAAGGACGGGUUUGGCUUCAAGGAGAGCACCACGCUACAGCUGAUGAAGAAGGUGAACAACGUUGAGGCUAGCUGGGCUCUGGGUGCUACGUUUGACCACUUCCACAAACUGAAGAUCCACUGAAAUGCUGAAACGUGUGAGCUGACUUCUCUAAAAGCCCCACAUAUCUGUUCAAUUCAGCUAGAUGUAGCCUUGGUUUAUUUUAUUUUCUAUUUCUAUAUACGGUAUAAUUCUCAUUCAGACCAAACAAAGAACUGGAGGCUGAAUUAAGGAUGUCAGCUUUAGCAUUACUGCUGGAUUUAGUUUUCUAGGCGUGUUGUUUAAGACCAGUGUUUACAUGCAGAAAACUGGUGUACUUCAGCAGUUUUUAAUGUCAAGUUUCAUUAAUAUCAUACAUUACACACAUUAAAACUUGACAGUCAGAUCAGCAGUUGAAGUUUCAGGUACACUUUUUUUUCCAUUAUCACCUCAAACUUGCGUUAACUAUAACAAUGAAGAUAACACACUGGUACAUAAUGUCAGUAUCUUUGAACCCGUCUCAUUGUAUCUUUGGAAGUAUUUUUCAAAAAAAAAAUGUUGCUUGUACAAAUUCUGCAUUUGCUCACUUGUCAAAAUAAAUCAUUAGAUGCUAAU